CCGGGCGGGCCCUGCCACAACUGCAGGCUAGGCCAUGGACCCACAUGAGGCAGCCAUCAAGAACCCUUAUGCCCACCUCAGCAUCCCCCGGGCUCACCUGCGGCCGGACCUGGGACAGCACUUAGAGGCGGUCCCCUCCUCCUCCUCCCCUAGCUCACAACCUCUGCCUGGGGAGCCCUGUGCCCCUGAGCCAGCCCGCCUCCUGCAGCCCGCUGAGCUCCUGGGGCCCAAGGGCACCUCAGGGGCCGAGGCAGCCACCCCCACCCAGAGCCAGCAGACCUGGCAGCAGCCCCGCAGCCCCUAUGGUGGAGCGCAGCGGCCAGCAGGACUGACCUACGCAGGCCUGCCGCCCGUGGGGCGUGGCGACGACAUCGCUCACCACUGCUGCUGCUGCCCUUGCUGCUCCUGCUGCCACUGUCCCCGCUUCUGCCGCUGCCACAGCCGCUGCUGCUGCGUAGUCUCCUAGCCCGGCCCGGCCUGGGCCUCGGGCAC